AUUGAUUGAUGUGUGUGUAUAUAUAUAUGGAAACAAGUAAAAAACAAAAACGGAAAUUAACUUUCCAUUUUUGGGCAAGAAAAUCUUUAUCUUUCUCAUUUUUAACGAAUCAAAUCUUUGCUUGGGUCAAUGUCCAAACACUAUCCCCAGUUAUUUAUUCACCAAACCCCAGAAUCUCGAUAGCCUCUUCUCUCCACCGCCGGAUUCAGCCUUCUCCGGCGUCUCCCUGAGAGCUUUGUCGGCCACCAUUCCACACGUCACGUAGUCUCCUGCAAAAACCGAACUCUGGUUUCUUGUUUGGCGAAAUCGACUCGUGUUGUUGUGUAGGGCUGAGGUAUUAAGGGCUGGUCCGGCCCAUAGAUAAAAACUAAAAGCCCUAACCCUAAUUAAUUGUUCCAAAGCACUGAAAUAAGGAUGGGUUUAAAUAAAUUUAUAGAAAAAUAAAUCCAUGUUUUAUGUUGAAACGACGUUGUUUUGUGUGUUCUCUCUCUCUUCUUCCUCAAACUUAGACGACGAUCUCUUCUUCUCUCUCUCCGCCAGUCUCUCUCUCUAACUAGAGCAAACCCAGAAUUCAAGACAAGAGAGAUGGAAGUGAGAAGCGAGAUGAAGCAGAAUAUUUACGAGAUUUUCAAAAACUUUAUGACGGGGAUCACAAAGCUUGAGGAACUAGAUAAUGCUACAAACAUCUUUCUUCUACGCUUUCAGCAAGGACUCUGCUUGCUCAAACGCUCUCCAAUAGUCACUUCCUCCAAGUUGAUCGAAAACAUUCUCAAGAACAAUGAAACAAGACGGCUUAAAUCAUACGUAGAAGCAGGCUGUAUUAACAUCGAUGAUGCUGCACGAAGCACACGGGAUUUGCAUACAUCUCUAUCAGGACUUUCUGACCACCUAAUCAAAGCUCAAAGCUUGUUAUCUGACCUCGAGCGUCUCACUGAUGAUGCUGCCCUUGCAAUUGAGACUGCAACAAAGCUCUCCACACAACUAGAUGAAGAAUCAGGUGAUGAUUUGCGACAAGUGACGAGUGAAGAGAACGAAACUGUACCUUUUGCUCAAGAACCUGAAGUUACAGAGUACGCUACAGUUAUUGCAGUGGUUUACAGUAUGGUGAAGCAGAACUAUGUUAUGCAGGAAAAGAUUGUGAGAUCGCUUAGUUUGAAGACCUCAUUUGAUGAACUAGAUACUUACACUCUGAUGUGGUCAUUGCGUCCGUUUGUAGAAGACGAGAUUAUGAACAGAGCAUGGAAAUGUAUCUACUAAUACACACUUAUUCAAUCAGUCUGUCACUUAUUCAAUCAGUUUUGUUCGUUUAGUUCGUUACUUUGUUUCCCAUUUAUUGAAAAGAAAGCAAAUACGGGCCCUAUUACAAACA